AUGCAGUCAGGGCCGGGCCCCGCGGGGUCGGAGUCAGCAGGCAUGGGGGGGGCGGGGGCAGGGGGGCAGGGGGCGGGGUCUAUGGUGUCGGGGGCGGAGUCACGGGUGCCCAUCCCCACGGACGGGCGGGACGACUGGGAGAUCGACAGCCAGCAGCUCAAGCUGCACCACAAGAUCGCCUCCGGCUCCUUUGGUGACCUGUACCGGGGCACGUACUGCGGGCAAGACGUGGCGAUCAAGAUCUUAAAGCCCGAGCGGCUUAACGACUCGCUGCAGCAGGAGUUCGCCCAGGAGGUGUACAUCAUGAGGAAGGUUCGCCAUAAGAAUGUGGUGCAAUUCAUUGGAGCCUGCACCAAGCCGCCUAAUCUCUCUAUAGUCACAGAGUUCAUGGUGGGAGGCAGUGUGUACGACUACAUUCACAAGCAGCGCGGCAGCAUGCGGCUGCCCAUGGUGGUGCGCGUGGCCAUGGACGUGGCCAAGGGGAUGGACUUUCUGCACAAGAACAACAUCAUCCACCGCGACCUCAAGGCCGCCAACCUCCUCAUGGACGAAAACGAGGUGGUGAAGGUGGCGGACUUCGGGGUGGCGCGGGUGAAGGCGGGCAGCGGCAUCAUGACGGCCGAGACCGGCACGUACCGCUGGAUGGCGCCCGAGGUGAUAGAGCACCGCGCGUACGACCACAAGGCGGACGUCUUCAGCUUUGGCAUCACGCUGUGGGAGCUACUCACCGGCAAGCUGCCAUAUGCGGAUCUCACACCUCUGCAAGCAGCUGUCAGUGUGGUGCAAAAGGGGCUGCGGCCGCCCAUCCCCAAGGGAACACAUCCGCGGGUGGCGGAGCUGAUGGUGCGGUGCUGGCACACCAACCCCGCUGAGCGCCCCGAGUUCAGUGCCGUGCUGCGCCUGCUGGCUGACAUGGCUCAUGAGGUGAGAGGGAGGGGCAUUGCCGAGUGUGAGCUCUAUUCCUGCAAGGGCCGUUGCAGUGUGACAGGUCUGCUGAAAUCCUGA